UCCCCCCCACAUCCCCCAACGAAGCGGUCGAUCGCUCAACACUUCCGCUCGCCCUCCCUCUUCUUCUCCUCCGCCAUUCCUCCUUUCCCCUGCGACUCGAAGGGCACCGCACAAUGGAGGCCUUCUACUGGCUGCUCUUCUGCUGGCUUGCCGUGGUGGUGGCGGCCAUGGAGCUGAGCAAGACCAACCGGGAUCGUGCCUCCACCUCCUCCGCCUUCAAUUCCUUCAAGAACAACUACAUCCUCGUCUACUCCCUCAUGAUGGCUGGAGAUUGGUUGCAGGGUCCAUAUGUGUACUACCUCUACAGCCAGUACGGAUACGGGAAGGGAGACAUCGGUCGGCUCUUCAUCGCGGGCUUCGGAUCUUCCAUGCUGUUCGGAACCAUCGUCGGAUCUCUGGCGGACAAACAGGGUCGGAAGAGAGCUUCUGUCACCUACUGCAUCACCUACAUCCUCAGUUGCAUGACCAAGCAUUCUCCGCAGUUUAAGGUCUUGAUGUUGGGGCGCGUAUUAGGAGGGAUCGCGACGUCGCUCUUGUUCUCGGCAUUCGAGUCAUGGCUCGUCGCAGAACACAACAAGAGGGGUUUUGAACCACAAUGGCUGUCCAUAACUUUCUCCAAGGCUAUCUUUCUUGGCAAUGGCCUAGUUGCCAUCAUCGCUGGGUUAUUUGCUAACCUACUGACGGAUAACUUGGGAUUUGGACCUGUUGCCCCCUUUGAUGCUGCUGCAUGCUUCCUUGCAAUUGGCAUGGCAAUUAUAUUAUCAACAUGGACUGAGAACUAUGGGGAUCCGUCUGACAGCAAGGGUUUACUUACCCAGUUUCAGGUUGCUGCAGCGGCUAUUUCUUCUGAUGAGAAAAUUGCGUUGCUGGGUGCGAUACAGUCACUGUUUGAAGGUUCCAUGUAUACAUUUGUAUUCCUUUGGACCCCUGCUCUAAGCCCAAAUGAUGAAGACAUUCCUCAUGGUUUCAUUUUUGCUACAUUUAUGCUGUCCUCAAUGUUGGGUAGCUCAUUUGCAUCUCGACUAUUGGCCCGUCCAACUCCUAGAGUUGAAUCUUACAUGCAGCUUGUAUUCGCAGUCGCUGCAGUCACUCUCCUCCUACCUGUUAUUACCAGUUUCUUAGUAGCACCAUCCACAGUCAGAGGUGGGAGCAUUUCUUUCGGGGGUUGUAUUCAGCUUGUUGGCUUCUGUACAUUUGAAGCAUGUGUUGGAAUAUUUUGGCCAUCCAUUAUGAAGAUGAGGUCCCAAUACAUUCCUGAAGAAGCUAGGAGCACGAUCAUGAACUUCUUCCGCAUUCCCCUUAACAUAUUUGUGUGCGUCGUGCUUUACAAUGUGAGCGCAUUCCCUAUGACUGUCAUGUUUGGCAUGUGCUCUUGCUUCCUGUUCCUCGCUUCACUUCUUCAAAGGAGGCUGAUGAUGGUUUCUGAGAUCCACAGAUCAAAAUCUCAAGAUUGGACUGAUAUGAAGGAGAGAGAUACGGAAGCAGAGCCACUGAACAUUGGGUGAACAAGAAAAGAUGGGAGUAACAUAAUAAAAAGUGGCCUUUCACCAUAUUGCUACUGAAAUCAUUUCUUGGUUCCUGUCGUUACUAAUACAAAAAUAAGUUUGCUGCCAUGUUUAGAUGGAUAAAAUUGGGGACAUGCAGUCAUGAGGCAUAGAACAUCACAAGUGCAAUGACUCCAUAUGAGGUUCCCUCUCUAUUCUCAUCUAAAAGGUGGUCCUGCACAAGUGCAAUCCUAAGUUAUACUAGUAUCUCAACGUAGUGGUGAUCAGUCAGUAGCCCAAUUGGUUUUCUGUUCUACAAUCCCUUUCUGCUGCUCCCUUCUUUUUUAUCUUUGUUUUGCUUUCUUGUUCUUGGAGAUUAUAUCCACGUCUGAGUCUCUUCAUGUAUUCAGAGAAUAAUUAAUAUUAUAAGCCUUCGGAUCUCGUGAUUUCUAUUUAUAAAA